ACCUGCCGAAGUUCUCUCCCAUCAGUCGAAGCGAACGGACGUGCCAGUGGCGUUAGCGUCCGCGCGCUUGUAUCAAGUGGUUUUGUGUUAAAUUCUACGUUACGCAAAGUUACAACCCUUGUAGGCUAAGUAUGUUAGCAACCCCAUAAGCAACCCAGUACUCUACUCCAAAAAGGCCCAGAAGAUCGUCGUCGCCCACCACAUAGUGCCGUUGCUUGCUGGUUCCGUUUGCGUUAUGACGGGAAAAAUGUCAAAAGGUUGCUGCAACCACCAGACCGGCGACUAUCGACGAUUUGUGUGCAAAGUGUAAAGUGAAAGAGAAACCGGUUGUUCGGUUCGAGCAUCGGCAAGUAAAAGCCCCCCGCGUGUGCGUUUGUGUGUGUGUCAGUGAAUGGUGGGCAAGCUUGACAUAACCUCAGAAAGGUCGCUACUUAGUGGGGUGGGAGAGAGGUAGUCGAUAGUGAAGAAGCGCUCCCAUCUUGAAGUCGGUGGUCGGAUGUUGAAAGGCAAGCAAGCAAUCAAGGAAGUAGUAAUAUCAUAUCACAUUUAAACCCCAACGCUAAUAUCAAGUGAAAUAGGAAGCAAACCAAGUGACAAGUGACAAGUGACCAUUCGGUUAGUGAGUUCCGAGAGCUAGGAAAGAAAUCCUGUGACGCUGAAGAACUACUCAGAAAGAUAUUUAAUUCGACCAUAUCGACGUAGUGUUGUUAGUGAUUUGCCCAGAUUUUUUGGGCGAUGGGAAUCAGCAGCAGCAGCAAGUAGCGCGCAAAACAGCAGUAGCGAGCAAUAAAAGAAAAGGUUCGCGAAGAGAAAAAUCCAACCGAAAAAGAAUAAAAUGUUACAACGUUGAUGGUGAGGAAGAAACAGGUGGCCACUCUAGGAGUACUCGGAACAGUGCAGUAUCAGUGGAGUGGUGGUCUUGGGCGGUGUUAGUAGCGAAACGGAAGCAUCACAACCGCAAAACACGCAUGCACCGACGAAUUUCAACGAUUUAAGUCAACAAAAGAAAUUGCAACACAUAUCAAACAACACAUUAAACACAUCACGACGGUAACAGAUGCAUCAUCGAUCGGGAUUAGGAGAAACACAGCGUACGGUGGCCGAGUGGUGCUAAUUUUAUACCACCGACAAGACUUGUCGAAAAGCGGGUCCAUCAUUUACGGUGAAUACAAUUCGGACACAUUUCACCCGUGACGGACGUGAGGGUCUGCAGUGUACACAGAACCGGAGAUGUGUACAGGUGAUCGUACGUUGUCGAAAACGUAACACUCGAUCACAAACUGUCUGACGUCUGGCGUUAAAGAAAAGUCAUCCUAAAUCCGAAAGUCAUCGCCAUCAGAAGACGAUUUAGCGUGCAGUAAGGAAUCAUUCCUGCCGAUACAUCACAACAAACUUUAUCAAAAUGGCGCUGCUUGGUAGACGGAGAUCAUCCUUCCUGAAGCUCGCCGCCCUGUGCGGUGUGGUAUGGUUUAUGGCUGUGUUUGUGCUCUACUCGGACGACGCUAGCCGGACGGGCCCGAGCGGAAGCGGAAGUGGUGCGGCCAGUGGUGGUGGAGCGAUCGAGUACGAAACGCCCCGCCGGUUACCACUGGAAGGAAUCCGGAACAAGUUCAAUCAGUUCAUCGAAAACGCUCGACUGGACGCGGAUCGACAGGAUCCGGUAGUGCCGGAGGUACAAGCUCCGGAUGUUAAUUUUGUCGAUCACAAUCGCUUGGAGGAUGGGGAUGAAGGGGACGCAGGUGUCGGAGCUGUGGACCCCGACCUGGAUGAACCACCGGUAGUGAAGACGGUGAAACAAACACCGUCAAAGCCAGGCAAAGCGCAAGAACACGGUGGUGGUCUUCAAUUGCCUGGAGUUAUCGCGCCACCGAGUGACGGACCGGGAGAGCUAGGCAAACCGGUCAUCCUCCCGAAAGAGCUAACACCCGAAGUGAAAAAGCUGGUCGAUGAAGGAUGGGCCAAGAACGCCUUCAAUCAGUACGUAGCGGACAUGAUCUCGAUUCGACGAACGCUACCCGAUCCCCGUGAUGCUUGGUGUAAGGAUACGGAUCGAUACAUGGACGAUCUUCCCCCAACAUCCGUCAUCAUUUGCUUCCACAAUGAGGCGUGGUCGGUGCUGCUGCGUACCGUCCAUUCCGUGCUCGAUCGUUCACCUGAUCAUCUCGUGAAGGAAGUGAUACUUGUGGACGAUUUCUCCGAUAUGCCUCACACACAGAAGCAACUGGAGGACUACUUCCUAGCGUACCCGAAGGUGAAGAUCGUAAGGGCCGCGAAACGUGAGGGUCUUAUUCGUGCUCGUCUACUUGGUGCUCGUCACGCAACAGCUCCAGUCCUAACAUAUCUCGAUUCUCACUGCGAAUGUACCACCGGAUGGCUAGAGCCAUUGCUUGAUCGUAUCGCACGUAACUCAACGACUGUGGUCUGCCCUGUGAUCGACGUGAUCGACGACAACACGAUGGAGUAUCACUACCGUGAUUCGGGUGGCGUAAAUGUUGGUGGAUUCGAUUGGAACCUACAGUUCAACUGGCACGCCGUACCGGAGCGCGAGAAGCGCAAACAUAAGAGCCCAGCGGAACCCGUCUGGUCGCCAACCAUGGCGGGAGGUCUGUUUGCGAUCGAUCGCGUCUUCUUCGAACGACUCGGCACGUACGAUUCCGGGUUCGAUAUCUGGGGUGGUGAAAAUUUGGAACUCUCCUUCAAGACGUGGAUGUGCGGUGGUUCGCUGGAGAUUGUGCCCUGCUCGCACGUUGGUCACAUCUUCCGGAAACGUUCACCGUACAAGUGGCGAACGGGUGUGAAUGUGAUCAAGCGCAACUCGGUCCGACUGGCCGAGGUGUGGAUGGAUGAAUACGCACAGUACUACUACCAGCGUAUUGGUAAUGAUAAGGGCGACUAUGGAGAUGUUACCUCGCGCAAGAGGCUACGCGAAGAGCUUGGAUGUAAAUCGUUCCGGUGGUAUCUGGAUAACAUCUAUCCGGAGCUGUUCGUGCCUGGAGAUGCUGUUGCAUCGGGAGAGAUUCGGAACCUGUGGUCUAAUCUGUGUAUCGAUUCGGCGGCAAAACCCGAGGACAUGCAUUCGCCGAUGGGUCUCUGGCCCUGCCAUCAGGCCGGCGGUAACCAGGGCAAGUUGGGCGCACCCGACCAGCAUAUGUUCUCCCGUUACUGGAUGCUGAGCAAAACGGGAGAGAUCCGACGGGAUGAAGCUUGUCUCGAUUACGCCGGGGACGACGUGGUCCUGUACCCGUGUCACGGGUCCCGGGGCAAUCAGUACUGGAACUACUCGGACGAUACGCACCUGCUGCGCCACGGUUCGUCCGACAGGUGUUUGGCGAUCAACGAGGCCAAGAAUAAGCUGAUCAUGCAAGACUGCAAUUCUGCCGUUGAGGCGCAACGGUGGUCCUUCCAGAAUUAUGACGCGAGCAAGCUGUGAGUGGUUCAGCGGACAGCGAGCGCAAAUCCGAGCCACCGCUCGGUCAGCAGCGACUAGGAGAAGAACUCCUGGUGCUGAAGAUGAAUCCACCAGACCCCCCCCUUAAGUGAACCCUCUUGGAGGCAUCUCAGUAGCUAAUCUCAGGAUUUGCAACCAUGGGUCUUUCCGGGACUCGCUCCAGAAAUGGACUCCAAAACUGUCCAACAAAAGCGCAUUCCUCACUGUAUGCUUCCUUCCAAUCAAUUCCAACCAAGAUCUACAAUCCCCUUAGUACGACGUGCGAGACAGAGAGCGAUAGACGGAAACGAGAGAACAUAGAAUUGAUUUUUAAAUUAAUGUGAUGUUUUAUAAGUGUUAGGCAAAACCAUAAACCUAGGCGCAGUUCAGUUCGUUCCUUUCCGGGUGUACGCCCUCAGAAAACAGAAAGAAAGAUGGCCGUUGCCGAUGCUCAACUUGCCAACUUCGACGUUAAGUCCUUCAGACAGGAUAGGACACUUUUGUGCGAAAAAGGCUGAAAAAAAGGGCAACGAAAAGUGGGAACACGUGAACGAGUUUUUUCUUCUGUUGUAUAUAUUUAAGUAGCAAAGCGAUGCAAAACCGUGCGACAGGUUAAGAGAAGACAUAGAUAGAGACGUUUUUGUUUUAUUCCAACCUUAGAACAAGUUACUCUGUUCAGUUAUCUUGACGGUGGAUUAGUUUUGAGUUUUGUGUAGCUAUACCUGAUUCGCUUCGUAUUAGAGUUUUGCCUUUUGUUUUUUGAAUAUUAAUACUUUAGCGUGUGUUUAAGUUCCGCAGCGCCUGAUUUGUUUUUAUUUAAAGAAGAUUAGCUGUGUUUUCUUCCUGUUUUUUUUCUUCCUUUUGUUUGUUUAUUAGUUAGCGGAAUCGUGGACGUGAGAAAUUAAAUAUUAUAUUUAAAUAAUUAUGUGACUGCCAUACAAAAAAAAACAACAACACGAAAACUGUGUAAAAAGCAAGCUUCUUGCUAGCGCAAUAGAGAAGCGCAACGUGUGCAAUCGAAAUGGGGAGGAAAAGCAUACACAAACAGAGGCGAGAAACGAUAGAUAAAUAGCAAGUACUACAAGUGAAGCGUAGGAAAAGCGAGAAAAGAAAGAGAUGCAAACAAGAAAAGGGAAAGCGAAUAACACAACCACAAUUGUCAAGAAGAAAGAUUUCAAAACUCCUACCACAACACGUCGAGGAUGCAAAGCAAAAAGAACCAAUUCAACGAACAACGCAAUUUUAAACUGCAAACAGGACUACAGCAACUAAGACCGAGAUCGAGACAAUCUUUAAACGGAAUACAAAACAAAGCACAGUACCGAAUGGUUUAUCCUCCCGGAGGCGGGUAAGGUAAACUAGCCCUACUAAUAGCAAUUUCUGAGUUAAAUGUUUACCGUUCGUUAAUACUGCCACUCGUUACUGGGUGGUGUUUAAAAUUUGCUCAACAAAACGACUCACCUUCCAGAAGAAGUACACCUCACCUGUUUGUCGACGAUGGAAUCUGCCGAAAAGGGAAUUAUUGAAAGAGAGAAAAGAAAAAUGCACAUGAUAAGUAUGUUUUAAAGAAGAAAUUGAAAAGUGAAAGGAAAGCACGAUUUAUUUAAUGUCGAAAAACACAUAUCAAAAGAAGCAACAAGCUAUUAAUCUCCUACCAAUCGACGAAAAAGGUACGAAGAAAAGAUAAACGAAGCAAAAACAUUCCAUUUUUCCUACGACUACGAAAGAUACCCCCUUUUUAGUAAAGGGGAAAUGUUCAACCCUUAAUCGUUGGUGACCCACAUAUCGUCAAAUUACCGAGAUAAAGCAACAGUCAAACAAACCAAUUACUAUCCUCACGAAACGAAACAGAACUUCUCCUCUUCCGGUCUAGUAACACACAUAUCGAGAUUGUUUUAUCUGUCGUUUACAGUGAAUUAGUUUAGAACUUAUUGCACUCCUCUUCAACAACGCGAGAGAAGCCGAAACAUAUUCUUCCAGCCAAGCAUAUCGAACAUAGGAAACAGAGUUUGUUUAAUUGCUUUAAAUCAAGCAAACAGUUAUGUAGUUAUUUUUAAACAGAUGGAACAGAUUUUAUUGAGUUGUUGGUUUAUUUUCGGCACCCUUAUACAACAAAAACAUCCCAUAGCAAAAACUAUAUGUAACGACAGAGAAAAGAACGGAGAAAUGGUAGAAUUUCUCUUAAUGUGCCUUUUAAAAUUCAUGCAUUACGCAACCUACAGUAGGGCACUCGCCAGAAGCAGGUCCUAGAGAGAGAGAGAGAGAGAGAGAGAGAGAGAACGGCAGAGGGAGGGUAAAUGGACGAUUAGUAUCAGCAAAGGUUUUCGCAAUACGCAAUACGUAGAAUGUUUCAGUUCCCGUGCGAAAAGAUGAAAAGGUUUCCAGAUGAGCGGCAAUGAAGAUAUAAUAAUAUUCCUUCUCCUAAUAGACUUCCACGAUAAGGGUUUGUGUGGGUGCGUGUGUGUGUGUGUGAGCAAUACCACACAACAUCAACCGGAGUAGCUCAUAUAGAUAUAUAAUGAAACUAUUUUUAGUUUGAUCUUAUACAACGCAACAGAGAGCGCAACAGUAUCGUAUCAUCGUUUUAUCACCGUAUCAUCGAGGCAAUUGUACUUUAAUAGGAACUGAGGAAGAGUAAGAGAGAAAAGAAGGAGACAGAAGAAGAGCAGAUGUUGAAAAAAUAUCUACGAACGUAGGGGAAAAAUGUGUAAAUAGUGAAGCAUAAUAAUCGAACGGAGAAAGAAACAUACUAAGAAGGAAAAGAUAAGUAAAAAUCACUGUAUCGGUAACGCAUAAAAAGCAUACACAUAUCUUUUAUGAAGAAAAACACACAAAAAAAAACAAACAAACAAAACACACACGCGUAUUAAAAAAUGAAAUGAAGAACAGAAACGAGAAGAGAAAACAGUGUGCAUCAACCGUAAAACAUCGAUAUCUAUUAAUCAAACGGGAAAGUUGAUUUUGUUCUUGUAGUGGAAAGGAAAAGCAACAUACAUCACCGCUCACAGCAGCAAAUCUGGCGCCCCCAUUGUGGGCGCGAUGCCGCUACUAUCGCUUUCAACCCCUAAUCGAUGGUGUAGUUAUUUGUGACCGAGUGUUAACGUGUGUAAAAUGGAGCGAGUGGAAUUUUUGUAAAUUUCAUAACAGAAACAUCGAAAAGCACACAGAGUUAGGGCAAAGGAAGAAAUGGAUGAGCAAGCAAUUAGUUGAAAGCCAAAUGAAAGAAGAAAAGGAAAGAAGAGCAUAGAACGGCACAAACCACAAGCAAAUGGGAGGCGGAGAACUGUAACAAUAAAGUAAUAAACAAAAUUUAUUUGGAAAAAAAA